UCUGUGGAGUCACCGGGGACUCGACGCGCUCCGUCGGUGCCAGGCUGUGCGCCUCUCGGAACACAUCCGAGCCACCCCGGGCUCUGGCGAUGGAGAUGAUGGAGGGAGACGUUAUGGACAAGCUGGAGGACAUGGCAUCGGUGUACGACUUCGACCCGAUCACCGGCAACAUCCCCGCCACCAAAGUAGAAAUCACCGUCUCCUGCAGAAACCUGCUGGAUAAAGACACAUUCUCCAAGUCAGAUCCAUUAUGCGUGCUCUAUACGCAAGGUGUGGAAACCAAACAGUGGAGAGAAUUUGGCCGAACGGAGGUGAUAGACAAUACCCUAAACCCAGACUUUGUUAGAAAGUACAUCUUGGACUACUUUUUUGAGGAGAAACAGAACCUUCGCUUCGACUUGUAUGAUGUGGACUCCAAAAGUCCAGACCUGUCCAAACAUGACUUUUUGGGUCAGACGUUCUGUACUCUUGGGGAGAUUGUUGGAUCACCAGCCAGUCGACUGGAGAAACCACUGGGAGGGAUCUCAGGGAAGAAAUGUGGCACUAUCAUCCUGUCUGCAGAGGAGCUGAGCAAUUGUCGAGACAGCGCCACUAUGCAGUUCUGUGCCAACAAGCUGGAUAAGAAGGACUUCUUUGGCAAGUCAGACCCUUUCAUGGUUUUCUACAGAAGCAACGAGGAUGGAACGUUUACUAUCUGCCAUAAAACAGAGGUGGUGAAGAACACAUUAAAUCCAGUGUGGCAGCCUUUCACUAUCCCAGUACGAGCGCUGUGCAAUGGAGACUACGACAGAACAAUCAAGGUGGAGGUGUAUGACUGGGAUCGGGAUGGCAGCCAUGACUUCAUCGGAGAUUUUACGACCAGCUACCGAGAGCUUGCUCGAGGGCAGAGCCAGUUCAAUGUGUACGAGGUUAUUAAUACAAAGAAGAAAAUGAAGAAAAAGAAAUAUGUCAACUCUGGAACAGUGACCCUGCUCUCGUUCUCAGUGGAGUCAGAGUUCACCUUCUUAGAUUACAUCAAAGGAGGGACUCAGAUCAAUUUCACUGUGGCCAUCGAUUUCACAGCAUCUAAUGGUAACCCCUCUCAGUCCACUUCACUGCACUACAUGAACCCAUACCAGCUGAACGCCUACGCCAUGGCCCUGAGGGCUGUUGGGGAGAUUAUUCAGGACUACGACAGUGACAAGAUGUUCCCUGCUCUGGGCUUUGGAGCCAAACUGCCCCCUGAUGGACGGGUGUCACAUGAGUUCCCACUGAAUGGAAACAUGGAAAAUCCGUACUGCAAUGGUAUCGAAGGAAUCUUAGAGGCGUAUCACCAGAGUCUAAAGACUGUGCAGCUGUAUGGGCCAACUAACUUUGCUCCUGUGGUGAACCAUGUGGCCAGGUAUGCAGCAGCGGUGCAGGACGGCUCUCAGUACUUUGUGCUCCUCAUCAUCACAGACGGCGUCAUUUCCGACAUGGCCCAGACCAAAGAGGCCAUUGUAAAUGGUGCCAAGCUUCCCAUGUCCAUCAUCAUAGUUGGAGUGGGUCAGGCUGAGUUUGACGCUAUGGUGGAGCUGGAUGGUGAUGACAUCAGGAUCUCAUCCCGAGGGAAACUGGCUGAAAGAGACAUUGUUCAGUUUGUUCCCUUCAGAGAUUACAUGGACCGGACAGGCAACCACGUGUUAAGCAUGGCACGGCUCGCCAAAGACGUGCUAGCAGAGAUCCCCGACCAGUUCAUCUCCUAUAUGAAAAGCCGGGGGAUCAAACCCAACCCGGCACCGCCACCCUACACACCGCCUGGACACACACACCACCACACACAGAUCUGAAUCCCCCCACCCCUCUUGUUGGCUUCUCACCGAGGACUGAAAGCAUGCAGCAGCCACUCAGAGCCCAGUGGGAACUCUCUACCUCCUGUUUUUUGGUGCAAACAGGAGAUGACGCACCAGGAAAUGGGUGUUGAAUUUUGUGCCGUAUCCUCCCAGUGACUAUUGGAGCAGCAUUUUGUUUUUUUUUUUUAAAUUGUUUUUGUUUUUCUGUUAUAUAUUAAUUUGGCUGGUUUCUCUUGAAGAGACACUGCAGCCUUUAAGGGACUCCUUGGUGAAAGCCUUUUAAUCGACCCUGAGGCAGUGACUGUUUCAUGUCUAAUUUGACAGCAGGUUGGUUCAAAAAGGUCAUGUUGUGGUUAAAACUUGUGCCCGUCUGUGGUGAUUUCUCUAAGUGUAUCAGGACUUGUGAACUUUGACCUAAGCCUUGCUCGUCAGUCAUUUGUGUGGCCUAAUACAGUGAUAUUUUUCAGGCACCUUUUCCCUUCUGGAAUUAGUUUUUAUAUUUGGGGAUUAUCUUCGUAUCUGCUAAUGCAUCAGUUAUGAUGGAGGCAAAACUACAGGAGUGUAGUUUACAGUUUAGCACGUUGAACAUUAAUCAGGCUUUUCAUACCAUGAGGUAUCACCUCCUAUCUUCUUUAUUAAGUAAAUGUUUAUAAGAGCAUGUUGUAUGAGAAUUUAAUUCCCCAUAUCCAGUAUAUUUAUUCUCGAAUGUUAUUCAGAGUGGCAUGGAUAUUUGAUGGAUCUGUUUUGAAUACCAUAAACUUUAUCCAUUUUUUGAAGUGGUCACCAAUUAUUUUUGAGUGAUUGCAUAUAAAAAGCACAACCUGUCUCUACACAGAGAAUAAUGAUGACGCUACCAGGUUUAUCAUAUUCGAUCCUUUUGAGCGUUGCUAUUAAUUGUUUCUGAACAAAGUACCAUGCAAGUCAAAUAUCUUAGCGUAGAUACGUUCCCUUCACAGAGGAUGUUGCACAAGAAGAGCAUUAACUAAUUAAUCGUAACCACUUUUAACCUUUUAACCUUCUAACUUUUUUAUAUUAUUGAUUUUGUAAAUGGACUGUAAUUACAAAAUAUAUUAGCACCUAAGUAAAAGACAGAAAAUGUAGAGAGGGAGAGGGAAAAAAAGGGCAUGGAAUAUAACCAAACAUGUAUGAUUAUCAACCAGUGAAAGCAGAGAAGUCCCCUAUGUUCACUAUGGGCAAUUACUUUCAGGUAAUUUGAUUAAUUGUCAUUGUUUGGUAAUAUACGCCACUACAGCGCAAGAUACGCAGAAAUAAUAAGGGCCUUAACGUGAUGAUUAUUACCUAAUGUUGAUGACCUGACCUGUCUGUAGUGGGACAUUAUGUCAAAUAUAGUUUUAAUACCUCUCUUAUUUCAGUAGAUAUUAUAAAUUUCUGUUAAAUCAAAAUACCACAAUCUAACUGACACACAGCAAACAUUGGGGCAGGUUGGCAUUCCAAGGUAGGGACGCUGGUAAAUGGUUUGGGGGAACUGGAGGUGGCCAAGAGAUCGAAAGGGCCCACACCUCAUCUUUGCCCCAAUGGCCCAAUAGUGGGUUAAUCCGGCCCUGAUACUAUCGCAAACACACCACCUUUGCAACCCAGAGACUCCCAUGUCACUGGAAAUCUGUAAGCCCCCAGCAGCCACACAUUAGCAGCUACAUAAGCUCCGCUGUUUUAAACUUCACACUGUAAGUCACUACCAUCACAGCCAGCACUCCUCCCUGGAGUAUUCAUUUAAUAGAGCACUGUCCUUGCCGCAGUGUAUUACAGGUCUCUGGUGAGAGACAGAGCUU